CUGAACAUGGCCGAACCGGAGCUGAAACUGAGGAGCAGCAGGGAGAGCCUCACCAAGAGCCAGGAGAAGACUGGAGCAGCAGAAGCAGACGAGACCGAACAGGACGGUCUCAUCGUGGAGCGCUCCCCCUCUCCCCAGACACCUCCUGCUCUCAGCGCCAACAAACCGACCUCAGACUGUCCGGCCAAAGGGGAGAAGAUUGAACUCAAACGCAGCAUCACCCUGUUCAACGGCGUGGGCAUGAUCAUCGGGACCAUUAUAGGCUCCGGGAUUUUCGUUACUCCAACCGGUGUGGUCAAAGAGACUGGCUCGGCGGGUCUGUCCCUGGUGGUGUGGGCGGUUUGUGGGGUGAUUUCCACUAUGGGGGCUCUGUGCUACGCGGAGCUGGGCACGACCAUCGCCAAAUCAGGAGGAGACUACACUUACAUCCUGGAGGUGUACGGAGAGCUCGCUGCCUUUCUAAAGCUCUGGGUGGAGAUGCUCAUUAUCCGGCCGUCUUCUCAGUACGUGGUGUCUCUGGUGUUCGCCACGUACCUGCUCAAACCGCUCUACCCCACCUGCGCCGUGCCCGACAGUGCGGCUAAACUCAUCGCCUGCCUCUGUCUCACCUCUCUGACAUUUGUAAACUGCAUCAGCGUGAAAGCCGCCACCAAAGUCCAGGACCUGUUCACUGCCUCCAAACUGCUCGCGCUCGUCAUCAUCAUCCUCUUCGGGUUCAUACAGAUCUCCACAGGUGAUGUGCCGUACCUCACUCCAGAGCGGUCAUUUGAAGGAAGCAAGUGGGGCGUGGACCACAUUGUGCUGGCUCUGUACAGUGGGCUGUUUGCUUUUGGAGGCUGGAACUACUUGAACUAUGUGACGGAGGAGAUGAUCAAUCCAGAGAGGAAUCUGCCUCUGUCCAUCAUCAUCUCCAUGCCCAUAGUGACCAUAGUGUACGUGCUGACCAACCUCGCCUACUUCACCACGAUUUCUCCAGAAACUAUGGUGGAGUCUGAGGCGGUGGCUGUGAGUUUUGGAGAGUACCAUCUGGGGGUUAUGGCCUGGCUCAUCCCUGUUUUUGUGGGACUUUCCUGUUUCGGAGCUGUCAACGGAUCCCUCUUCACUUCAGCUCGUUUGUUCUAUGCCGGAGCCAGAGAGGGCCAGCUCCCUGCGGCGCUGGGCUUGGUCCACACUGAUCUGUUCACACCAGUGCCCUCCCUCAUCUUCACGUGCAUCCUGUCCAUGAUGUACGCCAUUUCUCAAGACAUCUUCUCUGUGAUAAACCUGUUCAGCUUCUUCACGUGGCUGUGCGUGGGGGCGGCCAUCGCGGGGAUGCUGUGGCUGCGUUUGAAGAAACCUGACCUCAGACGGCCCAUUAAGAUUUAUCUGUUCAUCCCGGUGACUUUUGUUCUGAGCUGCGUGUUCAUGAUCGUGGUUUCGUUUUGGGCUGCUCCUUUUGAGUGUCUGUUGGGGAGCGGCAUCAUCCUGACGGGGGUGCCGGCGUACCUGCUGGGAUACAAGUGGAAGAAGCCUCACAUGGUGCGGAAGAUGCUGGAAAUCUUCACCAUGUUCUGUCAGAAGAUCUUCAUGUCUGUGCCCGAGGAGCAGUGACGCAGACUGGACCCCAAAACCGCC